AGAUUCCCGCAUUGCACCCGUCCACAUUCUCAACCUACAUAACAAGCGUGAACAGCCCCGAACGAUCACACCUUUUCGAAAAAACUUUCGCGGUUAGUGAUCGACCUUGCGCCAAAGGAGAAGAGCUCCAGCACUUUAUUUAAUUUGAGAGUUUCUUUUUUGAAAUUUUUAUUUUAUUUUAUUUGUGAUCCGUGGGGUGGUUUUAGCUUGUUUUCAAAGUAAGUAGGUUUGUUUCUCCACCCUGUUUCUAAGAGUUUCAUGCCCUUGCAUCGGUUGUCGAUACUUGCUACCAUGAUGUCGGACUCGAGUUUCAAUUUUCUUUGCUUUCUUUUUGGUCUUUCUUCUUUUAUUUAUUUUUAAUUUUUAUUUUUUUUUUACUUUUCGAGACCUGUCAUUCUGUUACACAGACCCCGUUCCUGCGUUACAUACCUUGUUUUUUUUGCCUCGUCUGCCCCAGCGAAAAAAAAAGCAAAGAAAGGUGCCAAACCACGCUUAUUCUUACUGCCUUUUUGACACAAUUUUUUCCUUGCUCGGGAAAAUGGCCAAACUGGGGGUGCGUGGAAAGACGUUUUUUGUAUUGCUUCGGAGAAGAUUCCAUGUUUUCUUUUUCGAAUAGAUAUGGACAAGCCAUCCGACUGUGAUUCGCGUGUUUCACCUACACAGGCUACGACUUUUCCUGGGACGGGGGUGGGGUAUCAAUGGAUGACCAAUGGAGUGGUGGGCCCCUGGAGACCAUUCGCUGGCCUUUUGGGCUUUUCUCGUGCUGCAGCCACUACCCAUCGCUCUCCCUGCCGCUGCUGGAGGACAGCCCAACAACAGAGAGUCUGUGACGGAUUAUUUACCGACCACCCAGAACUGCGGCCUGGAGUUGCGGCGUCCGCCCCCGAGUCCUUAUCGGCCCACGGCAGAAAAUCCAAUCAAGUCUGAGACCAAGCCGUGCUGUGGUUGUCUCUGGUGGUUUCUCUGGGUCCCGGUCCUGGUCGACCCAAGCCCUAGCCCUAGCCCUUAGCCCCCUCCGGCAAAGCGUGCUGCCUGAAUGCGAUCCCCGCUCUUCCGGUGCUGGGCCCUAUUGGGUUGCAUCUGCCCAGAGGUGCGCCUCGUGGGCAUCUGGACACGCACUAGCGGGCUUU